GGUUUAUUAAGAGCAAAUCUCAGACACAGAUUUCCAGCCUGGUAGGGAAUAAUAUUAAGAGGAAGGAUUCAAGUAAACAAUUGGCCCCGAUUGCCCAAGCUACUGGGGAAAGCAUCGUUGUUGGCAUGAAAUACAACUUCUCUCAAAAUAAUUUGUAAGAUAACUUAGAUAAUGCACAGCCAAUUCCCUCAAAAAGAAUCUAAGAGGGGAUCCCAUGCAAGGACAAGUGGAAGUGUGCCUGAGCAAAAGCCUCAUAUUUCGGGCUCAAAGUCUUCUUUAAUUUGAUCAAAUAAACAACCAAUUGGAAUAAAAAGUGCUACGUUUGGCCUCCCUAUGAUAUCUGAACCAAGCGAAGCUGAGAGAUUAGUGUUCCAUUCUGAGUUCAAAAGAGAUCCAAAUUUUCUACUAAAAUUCGCUGAAGAAAACUUUGACUUCAAUACACAAAAGAUAAACUUACAGAAAAAGAAGGAGCAAGAAGUAUGUGAAAAGAAAGAUCAUGUCAAAAACCUUAAACGGGAGAGGCUGAUUCAGAGCCAUGUGGCCAAUUACAUGAACAACAUAAAGAGAGAGCAGAAGAGAAAGGCUUACAAUUUCAUUAAUAAAGCUCCCAUUGUAAUCGAGCCAGAGUUUCCAUGUAUAAAGUCAGGAAGAAGAUCGUGCGACUCUUCUAUACAAGGAUCUCUGCUUGGCCGCUAUUCCUCAGAUCUUGUCUAAGAUGACCCGUUGAACUAUAUGCUC